CGGACAGACACGGAUGGACAGACAGAGGGGCCGAGCGGAGGCCACCUCCCCCACAAUCAGCCCUCCUAACUGCAGCCCGUUAUUAUUGCUACAGGUAGCAUUAAGUUGACAGAAGGGGGUGAUAAUGCACCAUGGCAGCGGUCCUCAGAAUGUCCAGCACCAGCUCCAGAGGUCCAGAUCCUUCACAGGCAGUGAGGGAGAAGAGCAGCAGUCACACACAAAUCUACCCCAAUCCCCUGCCGCUCCAUUUGCUCCUUCGGCCUGCCCAUCGGCACCCCAGUCACCUGGUUACCAGAUUCAGCAACUUAUGAGUAGAAGUCCAGUAGCUGGUCAGAAUGUGAACCUUUCACUGCAGAAUGUGGGACCGGUAGUUGGAGGAAGCCAGCAGAUCACCCUGACCCCUUUGCCCAUCCCCAGUCCCGCCUCACCGAGUUUCCAGUUCAGCCCUCAGCCGAGGCGGUUCGAGCACGGAUCCCCGUCCUACAUCCAAGUCACGUCACCGUUGCCCCAGCAGGUCCGGCCUCAGAGCCCAACCCAGCCGAACGCGGGGCCGGUGCCGACGCUGCCGAGCGUCCGGGCCGGCCCCCCCGGCCCCGGCCUGGGGCUGUGCGGCCCGGGCCCUGCCGGAGGAUUCGUUGACGCCGGCGUGCUCGUGCGACAGAUUAGCCUGAGCCCUUCGAAUGGCGGACAUUUUGUCUAUCAGGAGGGGUCGGGGAUCGCCCAGAUUGGCCAAGGAACGCAGGUGCAGCUCCAGCACACAGGAACCCCAAUGACUGUCCGAGAGCGCAGACUCUCGCAGCCUCACGUGCAGACUGGUGGCACUGUGCAUCAUCUUGGACCCCAGAGCCCAGCCGCUAGUGGUGCCAGUAUCCAGCCUUUGUCUAGCUCGAGCCAUAUCACGAGUAACUUGCCUCCACAGAUCAGCAGUAUUAUUCAAGGACAACUGAUACAACAUCCACAAGUUCUUCAUGGCCAGCAGUUGAGCAGACCCAUGGGAUUUGAUAGGACUUCAGGUGGAUUGAUAGCCGGGGUUGGAGGGUCUUCAUUUGGAAUGACAUCCCCACCCCCACCCACCAGCCCUUCUCGGGUUACCGUCCCGCAGGGUCUUUCCAGUCUUCCCCUUACUCCCGCAGUAAGUGUGGGAGUGAAAAAAAAACCGAAAAAACUCGACGAAAUUCCACCGGCUUCUCAAGAAAUGGCUCAGAUGAGAAAGCAGUGCUUGGACCAUCACCACAAAGAGAUGGAUGCUCUGAAAGAAUCCUUUAAAGAAUGUUUGAUUGAACUCUUUUUCUUACAACACUUUCAAGGGAAUAUGAUGGAUUUCUUAGCUUUUAAGAAGAAACACUGUGUACCCUUACAAGCAUAUCUUAGGCAAAAUGAUUUGGAUUUUGAGGAAGAAGAGGAGGAGAAAUCUGAGGUUAUCAAUGACGAGGUAAAGAUUGUGACAGGAAAGGAUGGGCAGACUGGUACUCCUGUUGCAAUAGCAACCCAGCUUCCUCCAAAUGUUUCUGCUGCUUUUUCAUCCCAGCAGCAACCAUUUCAGCAGCAGACGCACCCAGGGAAUCUCAUAGCGGGGGCUACCGCUUCUACCGAAAGUGAGCCAAUUAAACGACAGCAAGUAUUAACUCCGGCAGAACAGUCAAAGAGGCCACGACUUGAGGUGGGGCAUCAUGGGGUAGUAUUCCAACACCCCGCAGUGGCUACAGUAGUUCCGCUUCAGCAUUUAAUGCCAACAGCACAAGGUGGAAUGCCUCCCACUCCUCAAGCUGUGCAGCUGACUGGACAGAAACAAAGCCAGCAACAAUAUGAUCCUUCUAAAGGUCCUCCUGUGCAGAACGCUGCAAGCUUACACACUCCCCCACCUCAGCUUCCAGGGAGGCUGCAGCCUGCUAACGUCCCGGUAACGUCUCUCCCAGCCACCUUGCAGCUUCCACAGCAGCAGCAGCAGCAACAACCCCCGGCGGUCGAGUCUCAGGCACCGUCCCAGGUUCAGGCGAAGACCCAGCAACCGACUGUCCCCGUUCCUGCUACUCCCCCAAAUCAGCCCUCUGCUCCGCUUCAGCAGUCUGCACAGCCAGCACUCCAUGCCCAGAUGCAAGCGAAAUCCCAAAUGCAGGUGGCCCCGCAUCAAACGCCGCCCCAGCCACAGACUGUGGCACUAACGAGAUCGCCUGCGGAUACUGUCCAGUCCUGCCAGCGUCCUGCUUCCACUUCUCUGUCUACCUCAUCCUCCACACCAGCAAGCCUGUCGGGCCCGGCACCUCCACCUGCCCGCGCAUCGCCAGUUAACAGGCCCUCUCCAACAACCAACAAGUCAGCGUCUCCUGUCGCGUCCCGGUCGCCGGGGACCGCUGCAACUACCAACCCCAAACCGCAGAGUCCUGCACAAAAUACAGCAACCCAGCCCCAGGAGAGUUCUCAAGACAAGCUGGCUGAACAAGUUACAUUGGAAAAUCAAAUCCAUCAACGAAUAGCAGAACUGAGGAAGGAAGGUUUAUGGUCUCUGAAGCGACUACCAAAACUUCAGGAGGCUCCACGACCCAAAUCUCACUGGGAUUAUCUUUUGGAAGAAAUGCAGUGGAUGGCGACUGAUUUUGCUCAAGAGAGAAGGUGGAAAAUGGCAGCAGCCAAGAAGCUUGUUAGAACUGCAGCUCGCUAUCACGAAGAGAAGAAACUUCUUGAAGAAAGAGGCAGGAAAGAGGAACAGAAUCGAUUAAGACGAAUAGCUGCUUCCACUGCUAGAGAAAUUGAGUAUUUUUGGUCAAAUAUUGAACAGGUUGUGGAAAUAAAACUGCAAAUAGAGUUAGAAGAGAAAAGGAGAAAAGCCUUAAAUUUACAGAAAAUUUCUAAAAGAGAUUCAAGGACUAAGGAGCAUCUUGCUAUAUCAGAAAGCUUUUUGGAUUCAGCAAAAUCUGGAAGGAAAAGAAAAGCUAGCACAUCUCUAACUGAUGAUGAAGUGGAAGAUGAAGAGGAAACAAUUGAAGAACAAGAGUCGAAUGAGGGGAAUAUAGACCAUCAAGCAGAACUGACUAAUUUAGCCAAAGAAGCUGAAUUACCUCUGGGUGACUUGAUGAAAUUAUAUGAAGGUGCCUUUACUCAGAAUAUUCAAUGGACCCAAGCUAAGCCUGACAUUGAAGAGACCAGUGAAGAAGAUGUGGAGGAUACUGCAGGUGAUAGAGAGAGCCCUCAGAAGGAAGUAGUUCUUAUAGAUUCACUUCUGAGCAUCGAUCAGUUUAAAGGUGCCGAGAGAACAAAUUUCGGGAAGCCCAACGUGAGAGAUAUUGCCGAGGUGGCUGCUAUGGCAGAGAUUCUGUUACCUAAAGGCAGUGCUCGUAUCACAACAGCGGUGAAGUUUAAUACUCCAUCUCUGUUGUAUGGAACACUUCGAGAGUAUCAGAAGAUUGGAUUAGACUGGUUGGCUAAACUCUACAAGAAGAAUCUUAAUGGCAUUUUAGCGGAUGAAGCUGGGCUUGGUAAAACUGUGCAGAUCAUUGCCUUUUUUGCACAUUUAGCUUGUAAUGAAGGAAACUGGGGACCUCACCUUGUUGUUGUGCGGAGUUGUAACAUACUAAAAUGGGAGCUUGAAUUGAAACGUUGGUGUCCUGGAUUAAAAAUACUCCUGUACUUUGGCAGCCAUAGAGAACUUAAAGCAAAGAGACAGGAAUGGACUGAACCCAAUAGCUUCCAUGUUUGCAUCACCUCCUAUAAACAGUUUUUUAAAGGACACCAAGCGUUCACAAAAGUGAGGUGGAAAUACUUAGUUGUUGAUGAGAUGCAGCAAAUAAAGAACAUGACCGAAAAGCACUGGGAAGCACUUUUCAAUCUACGCAGCCAACACCGUUUGCUUCUGAUAGACACUCCUUUGCAUAACACCUUGAUGGAACUGUGGACUAUGGUGCACUUUUUAAUACCAGGAAUUUCCAGACCAUAUCUGGACUUCCCAGUGAAAGCAGCUAAUGAGGAAAACCAGGACUACUACCAUAAAGUGGUCAUAAGAUUGCACAGAAUGACUCAGCCGUUUAUCUUGAGAAGAACUAAAAGGGAUGUUGAAAAGCAACUUGCGAAGAAAUAUGAACAUGUGUUGAAGUGUCGCCUUUCUAAUAGGCAAAAGACCUUGUAUGAAGAUGUUAUAUUACAGCCCCGAACACAAGAAGCUCUUAAAAGUGGGCAUUUUGUCAAUGUCCUUCAUAUCUUAAUGAAGCUGCAGAAGAUAUGUAAUCAUCCUGCUCUAAUAGAUCCCAGACUUCCUGGCUCCUCUUAUGUAGCAGAAACAUUGGAAUACAGAUCUGCUUCUUUGAUUUUAAAGGCUUUGGAGUUUGAUAUCUGGAAGGAGGCAGACCUUUCUAUAUUUGAUUUGAUUGGAUUAGAAAGCACAGUGACACACUAUGAAGCCCAAGUACUUUCAAAGAAAAAGGUGACCCGCAAGCUCAUUGAAGAAAUCUUCAGUUCCCCGUCUCCUUCAGCCAGACUCAACCCAGUAAAGCUUAAACCAAGCAGGUUGUUUCAGCCCGUUCAAUAUGGGCAGAAGCCUGAGGGGAAGACUGUAGCUUUCCCAAGUUCACAGGCAUCCCGUUCAGUGACCACCACAGCAGCUACAGUAAGCCCUCAGGGUCAAGUUCGAGGAAGGUCUCCCAUUGCCACAUUCUCAGCAAAUCAGGACACAAAAGCGGCAGCAGCCCCGUUUCAGACAUCUCAGGCCUCUACCAGUGCUCCAAGACCACAGCCAACAGCGACCUUCAGCACAGCAACUAGUACAGCCAAUCCUGUGAAACAGCGGGGUCAGAUCACUACCCAGGCCUCCCAGCUAGGCCAGACCCAGCCUCAGGCCCCCUCGCACACCAUCCAACAGAGUGUGCUGCCUCAGAGGCUGGUACUGACCUCUCAGGCCCAGGCACGGUUGCCUAGUGGUGAAGUAGUAAAAAUCGCCCAGUUGGCUUCCAUAGCGGGAACACAGAAUAGAGUCGCUCAGCCUGAGACCCCCGUGACACUGCAGUUUCAAGGGAAUAAGUUCACGUUGUCACAUAGCCAGCUGAGGCAGCUCACUGCAGGCCAGCCUCUCCAGCUGCAAGGCAGUGUUCUUCAGAUUGUCUCUGCCCCAGGCCAGCAAUAUUUGCGCCCUCAAGGUCCGGUUGUGAUGCAGACAGUGUCUCAGGCUGGAGCUGUCCAAAAUGCUCUGAAUGCACUGGGGAAUAAGCAUCAAGCAAAUGUUCCGGGUUCUCCCGCAGUGACCCCACAAGUUGGUGUUCCAGGUAGAACUGCAGUUACUACCCUGACAUCAGGGGACUCUGGAUUAAUAUCAAAAUCUGCCCCUUCUAUUGGAGGCCAAACACAGGAGGAAAAGGCCAGACUUCUGAAGGAGCGCCUGGACCGAAUAUAUUUUGGCAACGAACGCCGCUGUACCCGAGUUCCGGUCUAUGGCCGAGAUUUGUUAGGAAUUUUUUCUUUGUUUGGUGAAAAAAAGAUGCCUCAGCCUGGAUAUUCCAGCAAAAAUAAAUGGAGGUGGGCUGGAUUGGUGAACUGUUGCCUCUCAGCAUUAAGAAGCCCAAAUGAUCCCUUGCGGUGUCUAAUUUUGACAUCAGAGCAACGAAAAGAAUCCCUCCAGGAUGCUAUGAAUAGGGUGGGUUGCGUGCUUCCUGCAGUAGUAGCUGCACCGCCUCAUAUGAGUGUAGCCAAACCUCCGGCUUCGUACAGCCACAGAAUGAAACUUUUCAGGCAUCGCCUGAAAGAACAAGCCACUCCGUAUUUACAACAGUUACGGCAGAUAACGGCUCUGCGUUUGUUGCAGUUUCCUGACCUCAGACUGGUGCAAUACGAUUCAGGAAAGUUGGAAGCUCUGGCCGUGUUGCUUCAGAAGCUGAAAUCUGAGGGACGCCGGGUGCUGAUUUUAUCACAGAUGAUGCUAAUGUUAGACAUUUUAGAGAUGUUCUUAAACUUCCAUUAUCUCACCUAUAUCAGAGUGGAUGAAAACGCUAACAGUGAACAGCGCUUGGAAUUGAUGAAGAGUUUCAAUAGAGAUAAAAGGAUAUUUUGUGCCAUCAUUUCUACGCACAGCCGUUCUACUGGUGUAAAUCUUGUAGAAGCGGAUACGGUUGUAUUUUAUGACAAUGAUUUAAAUCCAGUGAUGGAUGCAAAGGCUCAAGAGUGGUGUGAGAGAAUUGGGAGAUGCAAGGACAUUCACAUCUACAGGCUAGUGAGUGGCAAUUCUAUAGAAGAGAAACUGUUGAAAAAUGGAACGAAGGAUCUGAUAAGAGAAGUAGCUGCUCAGGGAAAUGAUUAUUCCAUGGCAUUUCUAACACAGCAAACAAUUCAAGAGCUUUUUGAGGUUUAUUCCCCUUUGGAGGAUUCUGGAUUUCGUGUGAAAGCUGAGGAAUUUGUGGUACUUUCUCAGGAGCCCUCCCCUGCAGAAACCAUUGCACCCAGGAUCGCAAGACCUUUUAUAGAGGCUCUAAACAGCAUUGAAUCUCUGGAGGAUGAUCCACAAAACUAUUCAGAGGAGGCAAUGACUGAGUCGCCUCCUGAUAUCUUAUCUUCCAACGUAGAUGAUUCAAAAGUUAAAGAAGAACCUUCACAGUUAGAUGAAUUUGCCGACUUUAUGGAACAGCUCACACCGAUUGAGAAAUAUGCUCUGAAUUACCUGGAAUUAUUUCAUACUUCUCUUGAUCAGGAAAAACAGAGAGAUGCUGAGGAAGUAGCAAAGGUGUCCAAGGAAUGGGAAUCAAAAAAUGCCAAGAUGCUCAAAGAAAGGGAAGUCAAAAUGCUUGUGGAAGAGGAGGAAGAAUUGUUGACCUAUACCAGAGAAGAUGCAUAUAAUAUGGAAUAUGUCUACGAAGAUCCAGAUGGACAGACAGAAAUAAUGCCACUUUGGACUCCACCAACUCCACCUCAGGACGAUAAUGAUAUCUACAUCGAUUCUGUUAUGUGUUUGAUGUAUGAAAAUAUCCCUGUUCCAGAAUCUAAACUGCCUCCUGUGUAUGUGAGGAAGGAGCGAAAGCGACACAAAACAGAUCCCUCUGACAGCCCCCCUGUUCUAGCUUCAGGUAGGAAGAAGAAGCAGCGGCACGGGGAGGUGGUCAUCCCUCCUCGAUCGUUGUUUGACCGGGCGACUCCGGGGAUGCUGAAGAUGCGCCGCGAGGGCAAAGAGCAGAAGAAGAACAUCCUGCUGAAACAGCAAACCCAAUUCGCCAAGCCUUUGCCAACGUUUGUCAAGCCGACCACAGAGACCGGUCAGGACAACCCGGAGUGGCUCAUUAGUGAAGACUGGGCAUUGCUACAGGCCGUGAAGCAGUUGCUUGAGCUUCCUUUAAAUCUCGCCGUCAUGUCACCGGCGCACACCCCCAACUGGGAUCUCGUUAGCGACGUCGUUAAUUCUUGCAGCCGCGUUUACCGCUCUUCCAAGCAGUGCCGAAACCGAUACGAAAACGUCAUCAUUCCAAGGGAAGAAGGAAAGCUGCUUUAUGAAGCUAAUCCAAAGAAAAAGGCAAAAAAUAUUUAUAAGAGUAAAAAUAAUCGCCCUCUGCGUACCAGCCAGAUCUAUGCCCAAGAUGAGAAUGCAACACACACUCAGCUGUACACAAAUCACUUUGACUUAAUGAAAAUGACUGCCGGAAAGCGAAGUCCCCCAAUCAAGCCCUUACUUGGCAUGAACCCUUUCCAGAAGAACCCAAAACAUGCUUCGGUGCUAGCAGAAAGUGGAAUCAACUAUGACAAGCCCCUGCCUCCGAUUCAGGUUGCAUCCCUGCGUGCAGAACGAAUUGCAAAAGAGAAAAAGGCUUUGGCUGAACAGCAGAGAGCACAGCAGCAGACGGGCCCACAGCCUCCCCAGCAACAGACAGGGCAGCAACCAGCAGGGCAGCCAGCCGCCCAACCUCAACCCCCAGCCCAACCUCAAGUGGUGCAGCCGCAGCAGCAGCAGCAGCAGCAGCAGCCGAAGGUGCAGACUGCGAUAAGCCCUGUGGCCAGCACUGCAGUACUGGCUGGUACAAUUAAGCCAUCAGUUACUGGAACAAGCAUACCAACUGGUACAGUUAGUGGCAACGUUAUAGUGAAUACAAUAGCUGGCGUCCCCGCUGCUACCUUUCAGUCUAUUAACAAACGUCUCGCUUCACCUGUAGUGCCUGGAACCUUGACAACUUCAGGAGGGGCUGCCCCGGCCCAGGUGGUCCACCCCCAGCAGCGAACGGUUACCACUCCCGCCGCCUCCACCGAACUGGUGCCGAUAGCAUCCACCCAGGGGGUCCGAGCCGUCACCUCGGCCCCCGCCCCAGCGGUCGUGACCACCAACCUCACCCCUGUCCAGACCCAGACGAGGUCUCUUGUGACUCAGGUGACUCAAGCGACGGGAGUUCAGCUUCCUGGCAAGACCAUCAGCCCUGCCCACUUCCAGCUUCUCAGGCAGCAACAGCAACAGCAGCAGCAGCAGCAACAGGCCACUCAGGUGCAAGUCCCACAGCUCCAGGGCCAGGCCCAGUCUCCCGCCCAGAUCAAAGCCGUGGGGAAGUUAACGCAGGAGCAGCUGAUCAAAUUGCAGAAGCAGAAACUGCAGCUCCCCCAGCAGCAAGCACCUCAACAGCAGACUCAGCCAGCCACCCAACAACAAGCAACACAAGUUCAAGUGCAACAACAGCAACAACAGCAGCAGCAGCAGCCACAGCCGCAGCAGCAAACCCAACAACUCACUGCCGUCACGGCCCCCAGGCCUGGAGCUCUCCUCACAGGCACCACCGUUACUAAUCUCCAGGUUGCUCGUCUGACUCGUGUUCCUACUUCCCAGCUGCAAGCACAAGGGCAGAUCCAGGCCCAAACGACUCAGACUGCUCAGGUUGCUCUGGCAAAGCCUCCGGUUGUGUCCGUUCCAGCAGCCGUCGUGUCAUCGGCUGGUGUCACUACACUCCCCAUGAAUGUCGCUGGCAUCAGUGUUGCAAUUGGGCAGCCCCAGAAAGCAGCAGGACAGACAGUGGUAGCCCAGCCCCUGCACGUCCAGCAGCUUUUGAAACUCAAACAACAAGCCGUUCAGCAGAAAGCCAUCCAGCCCCAAGUGGCUCAAGGUCAAGCUACAGUGCAACCAAAGAUCACUGCACAACAAGUCACUGCCCAAGGCCAACAACAGAAAGUAACAUAUGCUACCCAACCAGCUAUAAAAACUCAGUUUCUUACCACACCCAUCUCUCAGGCUCAGAAACUGGCGGGAACACAGCAAGUGCAGACACAAAUACAAGUUGCAAAGCUUCCCCAAGUAGUCCAACAGCAAACAACUGUAGCCAGUAUUCAGCAAGUGGCCUCUGCUUCUCAACAGGCUUCACCACAGACUGUGACACUCUCCCAGGCAACAGCUGCUGGUCAGCAAGUGCAGAUGAUCCCCGCAGUGACUGCUACAGCUCAGGUGGUUCAACAGAAACUCAUCCAACAGCAAGUUGUAACCACAGCAGCACCACAACUGCAGAUUCCAGGUGUUCCGAAUCCAGCACAGGUGUCAGCAAACUCUGAUGCUCAAAAUCAGGCUAAACUGCAAAUGAGGAUGCCAGCUGUCCGAUUAAAGGCGCCCACGAAACCCAGUUGAGCCACUGAUUAAAUUCAAAAAGCAGAGGGACAAGCUUCUCAUUUUGUCAAGCUCUGCCAGCGAAAUCGGCAUAUCCUUUACAUUUCGUGGUCGAAAGACAGAAAACUACCUUCACUGAAGAAACGGUAUUUAUUCCUGCUACCCGGAACAGUAGCUUACAAACCACUCAGCAUUUGGAAAGUUAUAACUGAAAUAAAGCAGUGUAACAGUUUAUUAAAGUAAAAUGCAUCUUACUCUGAAAGAAGUGAUCCUUAUUGUGCUAAAUGUCUCUCUUUUUAAGUUGAAUGACUAGUUGAAACAAUGACAGUGGUAAUCAGAACUCUUCAUAAAUCAUUUCAGUGUUGUCUCCAGAGCAAUAGGACUUGCUUAGAUAGCCAUGUAGUAGAAUUUCACUUGAUUUGAAUAGAAUUUCACAUAUUUCAUUUGCAAAUUGAAAUGUGCAGUCAGUCCCAAAAUAGGAAUGUCUUUUUAAAGUUUGAAAAAACCUUGAUGAAGUCUGACAGUUUAGUUCUUUCUACUUAGAAAGACCACCGUCCUUAUCUGAAAAGGGAAUAUGUCACGUGAACCAACUGUAAUCGAAUUUUCAUUCCAAAGAAUACCAACGUGAAUUCGUUUUUCUCUUGAUACGUGAUUUGUUUUUAAAGAAAAAAGAAUUGUUUUCAAAGAAAUGUUUAUCAGUGAUAUACAUCUAAGCACACAAUGGAUGUGUUCCCUUGUUUUUGAAUAAUGUCUUCUGGCAGAUUAAAUGCAGGGUGUUCAAUAUGGGAGUCACCUGAUCUUCGUUACCCUUUUAACCAUCAGACUGAUUUAAGAUAGGAACAUUAUGCAAGUGGGAGUUUGGUUGCACUUUCCUUCUUCCUGGGUAUAAUUUACAGGUAAAGUAGCAUCUUUAAUAAAUAGAGAGAGAGAGAGAGAUGAGAGAAUGAAAGAGCAUACUUGGCUUGCACAGAUCCUAUAUCUGUGGUCCGUGUUUUGAGGAAUUGAAAGAUGUGUUGCAUAAAAUAGUCAAUCUGGGGAUGAAUGUGAACCACAGAGAUGUUCCAAAUAAACUGUUAAUUGAAAAUAGGUAACAAAACUGUAACACAUUUGGUUUUAAAAAUCUACAUAUGUGCUGGAAUUUUAAAGUAAAUGAACUUUGCGGCAGCUUUAUCCUCUCAUUUGGGGUCUCGAGUUUCACAAAUGACAAAAUCAGAUUUGCUGGCUCGAUGCUAUUUGUGGAACUAUUAGAAGUUUAGAAAAAUCCAUUGAUACUCAUGGUAGUUGUGUUUUGUUUUUUAAAUAAAGGCAGGUGAUACGUGUAACUGCAGAUAAAUACUUUGGUUGAAAAUGGCUUCUCACCUGCAAGUCAUUUGCAUUAUGUUUAAUCACUGAGAAGAAAAGUAAAAUGUAAAACGAUUCCUUUGUUGGUUAGAUUUUGUCACCUGUGCCCCCCCCCCCCCCCCAGACAAUUGGGUGAACUAGGUUUUAUCUUCCAUUAUGGGUUUCAAUCAAUCAGUGAUUUUGAGUGCUUAGUGUUCUGCAGGACACGGUACUAAGCACUUGGGAAAGUACAGUACAAUAGUUGUUGACCUGAUCCCUUCCCACGAGCAGCUUACCCCAUACAGGGUGAGACAGACUUUAAAAGCAAUUAAAAAUCUGUCCUCCUUUAAAAUCAUAUAGCUGAAUUUUUUUAUUGAAAUAUCAGUUUUCCUCCCUCUUGUGUAACUUUAUCUUUUUAAAUUUAUAUCAUUUUAGGAAACUUUUUAAGAAAACCAUUAUAUUCAAUUAUUUGUUAAAUCUAUGCAACUUGCAGAACUGGAUGAAGAAAAAGUGAAACUGGCCUACUAACCUACUCUUUCUACUCUUGUUGGGAGAAAAAUGGAAAAAAAAAAGUUACAUAGCAUAUAUAAAUAACUAAAAGGUCUUGACUUGUUAAUUUGAGAGAGAAAAAAGUGCUUUUAUGGACCACUUUUUUGAGACCUCAAAAUUUAAACUUACCGAGUCCUGAUUUUGAUGCGCCUUGUAUAUGAGGCAUUAUGCAAAGUAAAUUUUUUUACUUUGGCGCUCAGUCACCCUAGUCUGGUGGUUUUAUGAACUGGACUUUCAUAAUAGAACAUUAUUGCAAAGGGAACUAUUCAAUCGUAAUUUCUUUGGAUUUGUUAUCUUUGAUCUCUCUCGACCUUAAUUGAGGGACAAAUUACAUUUUUUACAAGAAAUACAGAUUGAGAGCAUUUAUUUUAGAAAAUCCUGAAAUGUGCCAGACUGAUGGAUGCAUAGGGGUUAAUUUUCUAAUCCGUAGAUCCGGAAUAGAAUUUUGAGCCAAUUUAAAAUUAUAGGUUACCGAGACAAGAGUUAUUUUUUUAUCAGCACAGAUCGGGCCAGGAAACCUCUUUCUGUUGUGGGUGAGAAAGUGAUCUGUUAUUCAUUUCUAUCAUAAACUUCUUCUCAGAUCUGUUUAUGUGGUAGAACCUUUUGUACACAAAGAAUUAUAAUUGGAAAAGAUCUCUCUACUCCAUUGCACGUGGACCAUGCAAGAGGAAGAAAUAUAAAUAGGACUUCAUGGACGUGAGAAGCUAACGCAGUUGUUUGGGCAACUAGCAUUUCCAAUCUCCUGUUAGAGGUCUCCAGCCUCCCAUAUUUAUUAAGACAAACAAUAAAGUUUGGUAAUAACAUUCUGCAUUCCUUUUCAGAGAUAUACUAAUGCAUAUAUAGAAGGUAAAUUCAGGGCUUAUAAAAGUAAACAGCAGGCAAAACCAUUGUGAGAUUUUAUUUUUAUUCAUUACGAUGGUCUGAGUUGCCCAACUGGAUCCCAACAGAUCUUCGUUUUACUUAUGUCCAGAAUGUUUGAAAGCAUUCAUUGGUGAAGCACAGUGGCUGCAUCCAAGCACGGUUUGGAUUUUGAGCCUAGGGGCAACGGUUUCCUUUUCACAAUUAAAACUGCUGGCUUUUUUUGGUUGUUAACUCUUUUAACUGAUUAGCUGUUGUGUUUUAAAAUAUACAGGAACAAGAUUAAAUUGUAAAUACUUUGUAAACAUAAACAUUUGUACUUGAAAUGUAGGAUUUUAAAGAGCAUUGGCAUCCUACCAAGCUAAAGAUAUAAUAAAGUGUCCUUUUUUAUA